CUUAUUACUUACAAGAAGAGUACUUUAAUUAAUACGUGAUAAGUUCUGUUAUCAUCUUGCUGUCUUUUGGAACCAAAAGUUACCAUAACCUUUCAUAAUGUCGACAGCUAUGACUUUUGGUCAAAAAACAUUUAUACCGACACCACCAGAUAAGGGCAGCUUUCCUUUAGAUCACGACGGAUUGUGCAAGAAGAGUAUGACUAAAUAUAUGAAGUGCUUGUUUAAUAACGACAAUAAUAAUUCAAUGUGUCGUGAAGAAUCUAAAGAGUACCUAGCAUGCAGGAUGGACAAUAACCUUAUGGCAAAAGAAGACUGGUCUAAAUUAGGAUACAAAGACGAAGUUCAAAAGGACAAGUAAUACUUCGAUUAUAUUUAUAGGUAAGAAAAUUGUUAACUUGUUGUAUUUAAUAUAUUUUAGAAAUUGUAAAA